GAGAGGCCACAAACAAUGCCACAAAACGCCGUUGUUAAUUGUCAUAAUUCGGAGCUUUAUAAAAUGCUUCCUUUGUUGCGCAAAGCCAAAAGAAUGUCAUGUUUUCUCACCCCAAUAUUACUUCCUUCUGCUCCUAUUUCUGUCCAUAAUUUCAACGCCACUCGCUCUCUCACCACUUCACAUCUUCUUCUUCCGAGGUUGUUGGGUUUAAGACCCAAGAUUGGAUAUAGUGGGAAAUCUUGGGGUUUAGUGAGAGGAAUGGCAACAAAAAUGGAUAGCAUACAGCAAAACCCAGAGUCCAUAUCUUACUUAAAUCAGCAAGAAGCUGCCGAAAUUGAUGAGAUACUUAUGGGCCCUCUCGGUUUCAGUGUUGAUCAACUUAUGGAACUGGCUGGCUUGAGUGUUGCCACUGCUGUUGCAGAGGUCUACAAACCAAGUGAGUACAGUCGCGUUCUUACUAUUUGUGGUCCUGGCAAUAACGGUGGAGAUGGUCUUGUAGCUGCUCGUCAUCUGUAUCACUUUGGCUAUAAGCCAUUCAUAUGUUACCCUAAGCGUACUGCUAAGCCUCUUUAUAAUGGUUUGAUAACUCAGCUCGAGUCGCUGUCAGUUCCUUUCUUGUCAUUGGAAGAUCUGCCAAAGGACUUGUCUGACAGCUUUGACAUUCUAGUUGAUGCAAUGUUUGGAUUCUCGUUCCAUGGUAGCCCAAGGCCACCUUUUGACGACUUAAUUCAUAGACUGGUGGCACUAAAGAUUAGAGACGAUAAGCAUCAGAAAUCACCUGCCAUCGUCUCUAUAGAUAUUCCAUCUGGAUGGCACGUGGAAGAAGGAGAUCUAAGUGGUGAAGGUGUUAAACCUGACAUGCUGGUUUCUCUAACUGCCCCUAAGUUGUGUGCCAAAAGUUUUUCUGGCCUGCACCACUUUUUAGGUGGCAGAUUUGUUCCACCGUCCAUUAGAGACAAAUUUAAUCUCCAACUACCAGCAUAUCCUGGCACUUCCAUGUGCGUCCGCAUUGGAAAGCCUCCUAAAAUUGACAUAUCAUCUAUGAGGGAGAACUAUAUUUCACCUGCGCUGCUUGAGGAGGAGGUCGCCGCUGACCCCUUUGAUCAGUUCCAAAAGUGGUUUGAUGAUGCAAUGACGGCAGGCUUGAAGGAACCGAAUGCCAUGGCCUUGUCAACUACUGGCAAAGAUGGCAAGCCCUCAUCACGGAUCGUAUUGCUGAAAGGGUUUGACAAGGAUGGUUUUGUCUGGUACACCAAUUAUGAAGGCAGCAAGGGUCAACAAAUAGCUGAAAAUCCUCAUGCCGCGCUCCUCUUUUACUGGGAUGAUUUGAAUCGCCAGGUAAGAAUUGAAGGGCCUGUGAAAAAAGUUUCUGAUGAGGAAUCUGAGCAAUAUUUCCACAGUCGUCCUCGAGGAAGUCAGCUUGGUGCCAUAGCUAGCAAGCAGAGCACAAUUAUUCCUGGAAGGCAAUUCCUCAUUGACGAAUACAAACAGUUGGAGGCAAAAUACUCUGAUGGAAGUCUGAUUCCCAAACCGAAGCACUGGGGAGGCUACAGGCUUAAACCUGAGAUGUUUGAAUUUUGGCAAGGACAGCAAUCUCGCUUGCAUGACAGGUUGUGUUAUAUACCGGAAACAGUUGAUGGAAGGAGAGAGUGGAGAAUUGAGCGAUUAGCUCCAUGACUUAUGUUCAGGGCAUCCUCAUUAUGAGGAUGCCAAUUGUUGUACUCUCUUUAGCUUUUUCUUUCUCUUCUCAGCGCAUAUUUGAUCAUGUUUCUGUGUAUUGCACAGAGUCGAGACAACUUUUUAGGGUCCAAAUAAAGUCCAGCAAUUUCUCGGCAGAUAUGAUUUAAGUUAUAUACAUUGAUGAUGUAAAGAUUUUUUAUACGGCCAGUGUAGUUUAACCCAUUAAAAUAUGCUAUUUACCAUUUUUUAUCAUGUUAUAAAUUAAUU